CUCCAGAUCGUAGGUUUUCUCCUCCCCCUCAUGACCAACCUGGUGUGUUCCUCUCUGGUGCUGAGAACCCUCCGUCGCCCAGGGACCAUCGGCCACGGCUGCAACAGCAAGCGCCGGGUCCUCCGUAUGAUCCUCGUCCACCUGGCCAUCUUCAUCGUCUGCUUCUCCCAUACAACUCCAUCCUCUCCUCUACGCCAUGGUGCGGACCAGGCUCUGGUCAACUGUAACCUUGAGAGGUUUGUCCGGACGCUGUACCCCAUCACCCUGUGUCUGGCCACCCUCAACUGCUGCCUAGACCCAGUGGUGUACUACUUUACCUCUGAGUCCUUCCAGAAGAGUCUCACCACAGGGGGGAAGGGAGGGGUCCGGGCUGAGAGCAUCCCCCGCAGCGACACACACCUGAGUAGUGAGGCAGAGACGCAGCAGGACACASGGACACUGACCAGGGAUGGGAGACCGUGGAGAGACACACGGGACUGGACAGUCACCAGGAGAGACUCACAAGAAGCAUCACUCACUAGAAACACACAGGACGCACACGCUCUCGCCAGCAACGGGAAAGAUAAGGGAGUGAAUGAGACUCAGUUCUGACACUGCAGGAGAGACAGGGAGAAAUAGAGAGAGAAAGAGAGAGAGAGGAAGACAGCGAGAUGACAGUUCAGGAUGGAGAAAUCAAGUUUCUGAGUCUAAGCCCUAGCUCCAAAGCCACCGUAUCUCCGCUCCCCAAAAAAUAUAUGUCACUUUCUCUUUGGAAGAGCAGGGAUUGAAUGCCGUCUGAAACAACGCAGUGUGCCUCGUCAAAAAGUCUGACGAUAGUUCGGGAGUCUCUGCCGCUCUUUCGGCAUAGUGCGGGUGAAGCCUCUGUUAACUGCAGCUCGCCAGAGCAGUUCUUCCACUGUCAGGAGAAAUGGUAAUGCAUAUUAAUAUAUGUUAAUUGCAUGCAAAUAAAGGUUGCUUUGCUACAACACCCACAACAGAAAGACAAUCAUGGUCUCAGAUUCGCAGGUAGAGGACUUCUGUGAGAUGUUGCUGUCAACAUCAGGGGGUAUCUUCAUCUUUGUAUUUCCGGAUAGCUGACUGGCUCGAUUCGGUCAUAUGUAGCAACAUUUGAAAUUGUGUUUUUUACAUURGACAAAAGUAGAGACUCAGAGCUAUAAAAUUGUA